ACUUUCUUUUCAGACUCUUCCAGUGGAUCAAACAAAAAGAAUUAUUUGCCAUCACAGCUUGAAAGUCUUUUUUGUUGCUCUCCAUACUAUCAUUUCUCAACUCACAUGUCAUUGCUCAUUUGCAUCUAGAACUGUUGAAGGGAAAGACUGACAUCCAAAGCUUUCACACUGAUACUGUGACACUGUGACUUGGAUUAAGACUUAAUGUUUUAUUUGCGAGAAACAUUUUCCACGAGUUCCUGAGGCCAAUCACACUGAAAUCCCAUCGCCCAGUGUUUUCUUUAGCCUGUCCGGGGCUAAUCAAGGUCUUCCAUCAUCAGAAUUGACGUUUCCGUAUUGUGUGAGAGAGAAAGUAGCCGACAUUAGCAUAUUCAUGAACACUGACACACUCAAUCAUGUGAAAUGGAAGACAUGGGGCAAACCCUGAGCCGUCAAGCCCUGAAACAAAAAGCUUAUGACAUGUGAGGGAGAGAUAUUCCGUAAUCCACCGUCACAACUUCAGCACCACAUCUCGUAGCCCGCAGGCCACCACUGGCAAAUGAAGGAUAUUUCUCUUUCAUCAUAAACCUGGCAUGUGUUGUCGGCCUCUGGACCAGGGCCUAUAAUAGGACAGAAAUUAAAGAAUAGGAUUAAAGAUGGAUUAUCAGUGAAACACUAAAACCAGCAAAGCAGCUGCCUUUGCAUAAGCCCAUUGGAAGCUCAUAAGGGAGACACACUGCAGACCGAUUUGUAGAUUACAUUUGGUUGUUGAUGUGGUGGCCUCUGGUGUGGUUGGUAUUAAAAAAGCGGGAUGGAGAAUCUAGAUGAGCUGGAGCACCCUCUUCUGGGAGACGACCCCAAUAACAGCCGGGCGUCGGGGCCGGGGCCGGGGCCGGGGCCUGGAACUGGACAGGCCCCAGGUGGGCUGUUCAAGGGCAUCCUGGUUAAGUGCGAGGAGGACAGGGCCUACCCUCCCUUAGCAUGGAGGAGCUAUCUUGGACAUCCUCCUGAGCUACAGCAGCAGCAGCUGCUGGACCCUUGCUCCUUACCUCGCACGCUGGAGUCCUUUUACCCACCGGCCCCCAUCUGGGGCCACACAGACUCCCUGCUCAGCAAAGACUACCUGGAGACCACCUUUGUGGACAUUCGGCCCGGCUCCACACUAGAGAGGAAGCUGCUGGCCGAGACGCAGGACUUCAACAGCGCGUCCUACAGCAUGGAUGAUGAGGAUGACCUGCUUCCCGACUCUGACGACUCAUCCACUGAUGACUUCAGUGAUACAGACAGCGAGAGCAACUUCCCACUGAUGAUCCCUCAGGACUACCUGGGCCUGGCCUUUUUCUCCAUGCUCUGCUGCUUCUGGCCCCUGGGCAUCGCUGCCUUCUACCUUUCACAGAAGACCAACAAGGCAUCAGCUCAGGGGGAUUUUCAGGGGGCCAACGCAGCAUCCCGCCAGGCUCUGUGGCUCUCGGUGCUCUCCAUUGUGUUUGGAAUCAUAACGUACAUCUGUGCCAUCGCUGCACUGAUCUCCUACCUGUCUGGAAAGCCACCGUAA